CCUCACACUAUUAACCAUAAUCAUAAUGAAUACUAGUCCUCGGGUAAUCGCCACAAUUUAUUAAAGUGAACCUUUACGUGAUAUUCUUAAGACCAUCGUAUACACCAAAAUGAGACGUCCUUUGAGUGCCGAUGCCGAGAAGAUUCGAGGGGAGAUCAAGGAGAUGAUACGGGAAACAGCCACUGAAAAACAGACCUAUUCAAAAAAGGUGGACCGCCUCCGAAGCGAUGAUGGAAGAAUAAUGUAUGCUGGAGAUGCCCUGUCGAAAAAAGUUGUUGAAUUACGUGACCUUCUGUCCAUUGGCACGGAAUUUGGAUGGACAGUCUGGCAUUUUCCGACCGCAGAGGAUCUUAUCAAUGAGAAUAACUCAAUGUAUCUUGUUCCUCUCUCCAGCGAUUCAACCAUAACACCAGGAGGGCCAUUGACUGAAGGUUAUCUUAUACACAUCACCGAUAAACAAACACUUAGCUCCUGCGCGACAAUCAUCAUUUACAUGAGGUGAUACUUUUUUUAAUUCCAGUUCAUUCGAAACGUUUUAUUUGU